UUCCUUCUUCUCCCUCUCCGCAGUUUUUCCCUCUCCGUCGUCGGGGAUGUUCUUCUGAUGCGUUCUGAGAUUUGCGUCGAUUUGAAGGUGCUGUUUUUCUCUUCGAUCGGAUCUCUUUUGUCGCUACUCUCUCUGCUGUGGUUCGUGGUGGCCGGAUUCGUUUCGUCGGGGUUGCUCCUUGCUCGUCUGCACUCAUGGCAGCUCUUGUCAAGCGCCGAGUCAGUGAUGACAUCUCCCCUUGUGGCCCUUUCCUCUCAAAUCUCAUGGAACAGGGACUUCUUGUAUCUCUUGUUCGUUCCGUUGAUGGUCACUGCCUUCCUCGCAAGAGGCCUCGGGUCAUUGCUCCUCUCGUCCUCGGAGUUGGAGGGAGAGUUGCAGAUGUGAAACAGCGACCCCGCUCAAUCGACACCCUUCCUGAUGAAUGCCUCUUUGAGAUCCUUAGACGGUUGUCAGGUGAUAAGGAGAGGAGCAACUCUGCUUGUGUGUCUAAGCGUUGGCUUACGAUUCUGAGCAGCAUCCGUUCUUCUGAGCUUGCAGCUCAGAUGAAACCUAGCGUCAAAUCUUUGAAGAAGACCUUGCCAGAUCUAAACAAUCAUGUACCUGCAACUGAGCACGAAACUGAGAACAAUGGAUUUCUUACCAGACGCUUGGUCGCAGAGGAAGCUACUGAUAUCAGACUUGCUUCUAUUGCACUUGGAACUUGUAGCCGUGGUGGACUGGGCAAGCUUUUCAUCCAAGGAGGUGACUCGACUAGGGUCUCUGAUGUUGGGCUCUCUGCAAUUGCUCAUGCAUGUCAUUCCCUACGGGUCUUAUCUAUGCGCAUGGUACCCUUGGUCACCGAUGCUGGUAUAGCAGAGAUUGCUGACGGAUGCCCAUUGUUGGAAAAGCUGGAUCUUUGCCAAUGCCCACAGAUCUCAGACAAGGGCUUGAUAAGUGUUGCUCAGAAAUGCCCCAACUUGACAUCGCUCGCUAUUGAGGCAUCCUCAAGCAUAAGUAAUAAAGCUCUUCAGGUUGUUGGUCGUUGCUGUUCUAAAUUGAAGUAUAUUACUAUCAAAGACUGCCCACAAGUUGGUGAUCAAGGGAUCGCAAGCUUGGUCUCUUCUCCCUCAUCUUCUCUGGAAAGGGUAAAACUUCAGGCUUUGAACAUUUCUGACUUAGCCCUUGCAGUUAUUGGCCAAUAUGGAAAGAAUGUAAUGGAUCUGUCUCUGAUUAGUCUGAAGAACGUGGGAGAAAAAGGAUUUUGGGUCAUGGGCAACACUUGUGGGUUACAGAAGUUAAGGUCCAUCACGAUCAACUACUGCAAUGGGCUUUCCGACAUAGGCUUGCAAGCUAUUGCAAAAGGUUCACCUCUUUUGAAGCAGCUCUCUGUCCACAAAUCUUGUGACCUGUCUGAUACUGGUUUGGUUUCUUUUACUGAAAAGGCAAGGGCACUUGAGAAUUUACAUAUUGAGGAUUGCCACCAGUUGACUCUGAUGGGUGUCCUUGGUGCUCUUCUAACAUGCAACCCAGAGUUGAAGUCACUAUCUCUAGUCAGAUGCUUGGGCAUCAAAGAUAUAGACUUUGCACCAGCCCAACUACCAUCAUGCAAGUCACUUGAGUCCUUGACCAUUCGAAACUGUCCCGGUGUCACAAGUGCUAGCUUACAAAUGGUUGGGAAAAUCUGCCCUCAGUUACAGAAACUCGACUUUGGUGGUCAAUCUGGAGUUACUGAUGCUUCACUUGUUCCACUGAUCCAGAGCUCUGAGGCAGGUUUUGUGGAUGUCAAUUUAAGUGGGUGUGUUAACGUUUCUGAUUCCCUGGUCACUAUGUUGGUUAAGGUGCACGGAAGCACUCUGAAGACGCUUAAUCUUGAUGGUUGUAGGAAAAUCACUGAUAGAAGCACCAUGGCAAUUGCACAGGGCUGUCUCGUGCUCGAAGAACUGGAUUUAUCAUGUUGCUCAAUAGGCGAUUAUGGUGUGGCAAUCCUUGCAUCAGCAAGGCAGCUUAACUUGCGUAUGCUUUCUCUUGCAAAUUGCACAAAGGUCACUCAGAAAAGUCUGCCAUUCUUGGUAAACAUGGGCCAGUCAAUGGUGGGUCUAAAUCUGCAGCACUGCCACUUGAUCAGCCCUUGUGCAAUCAGUUUGCUCGAGGAGAUGCUGUGGUCGUGUGAUAUCAUUUCCUAGAUGAAGAGAAGCACGGCGCUAGGUAGUUUUCAGAAUAACCAAGCUUUCACGUUCUUCAGUACCAGAGACUACGGAUAACAUAAGUCCGUUUCAGUUUGUUUUUUAGUCCAUUCUUCUCUGGAGUUGGGCAACUUUUGGUCACCUUCCCUGGAUCUAUAUGGCCGAUCGUUUUUACAGAUGUUCUUAACGAAGGAACUCUGUUUUGGGGAGUUUAGCAGGCACUCAACGGCUGGUUUCCUUGAUUUUGGCCUUGGUUCUGGUGAUCACCACAUGGAGCCUCUAUCCUAGUUUUUCUCUCGUGAGUCUUGUUAUCUCAUGUUCUUGAUGUUUUUUUUUUCUGCGAUCAUGGUUCGGAUUACCAAGGAACCUGGAUACAUGGUUUCUCUUGGUGUUUUCGCCAAGUUUUCAUAUUGGUAAUGUUUGUCUUGGACUUGCAUCAGCAAGUUUCAGGUCAGUCAGUCCGAGUGAUGUCUAGCUGUGGGCUUAACGUUCUGUGUAAUUUGGUCUGGAGUCUGUAAUGCUGGUCUUGUUUGGUUGCUUUUGCAGUGUUUUCAGAUGCCUGAAUUUAUGGGGAUUGGCUAUGGCUGCGGUAAUUCUUAAUAAUCGCACGCCAUGACAACCUUGUCUGGUUGUUUUUUUGUUCGCCAAAACCUGUUUCUUUAGGCUGACGGAAAACUGUAAUCUGUGCAUCCUUAUUAUAUAAUGAAAUUAAGUUGUUUAAUAA